CAUACUACCGAUUACCUCAGUUAGCACAACUUUAUAAAAUUUGAAGAAUAUAUAAAUAAUAAUAUCAAUUUAAAAUGUAGCUCCAUGUUUUCUUAUAGAAAACAUGUUAUUAUUUUCAUGCCUUGCUAGCUUAUUGUUCAAUGUUGCUUCAGAAUUAAUUCCAGGGAGAAUAAGCUACGAAGUUCCUGUAACAAAUACAGAAACAUUAGAAAAACAGUCCGAAAUAGAUUGUCCUGACGAAGUGAGAUCAUAUCUUUUGAUUAGUACUAUUGAUGGAAAAGUAUCUUGUUUAAAUACACACGACGGGACUGUAAAAUGGAUAUCUCAUUCUACACAAUCACUUUUAUCUUCUAGUGUAAAAUUCAAGGGAAUGAAUGGCGGUUCUGAUAUUCGUAUAGUUCCAUCUUUGGAUGGGAAAUUGUACACAUGGGAUGGAGAGAAACUAGAGAAAGUUCCUUUUACAGCAGAAUAUCUUCUUGGGCAUCUGCAAAAGCUUUCUGAUGGUAGCUUUGUAGUUGGCUCAAAGGAAUCUAUGCUUUCUGGAAUAGAUAUAAAUUCUGGUGAAAUUGCUUUUGAAUGUUCAGCUAUUGGCUGUCAGCUCAAAAAUCAGAACCAAAAAGUCCAAAACAAAGAUAUUUUGUCCUUAAGGAGAAUUCAGCAAACAAUACGUGUUGUAAAUCCUCAAAAUGGGCUUGAAAAGUGGAAUUUUUCAGUGGGAACUUAUGAAAUGGAUUUUUAUGAUGGGUUUUCUCAUGAAAUACCAUCACAUUCUGAACAAUCUUGUGCUUCAGGAUUUUCAGAAAAUUUGUUUUUUGAUGUUCAAAGUGGGACAGUUUCAAGUAAUGGGCAUGCAAACUGGUCAUUUGAAUUUGGGUCUCCAAUUGCAAAAGCAUGGAUUUUAGAUGAUGGAAGACUGAACGAAUUAGAUGUCCUUAAGGAUGGGCUUAUUAGAAGUAUGGAGCAGGAGGCAAUGCCUGAUACUUGGGUGUACAUGGGACUUCAUGAUGGUCAAAUCUAUGUGCAACAUCCAAAAAAUUUACCUCCAACUAGUUUACAAGUUACCUCUCAACCAUAUGUAAAACACUGGAGGCCUUUCAUUUCUUCGUCUUAUUCCCGCACGCCAGCAUUAAAUAAUAAUAAACAACUUGGGAUAAGAAAUUCUUUAGAUUAUCCAUUUGACAAUGGAUUUAUACUCAUUCUAAAUCGUACACCUACAGAGAUUUCCUUGACUGAUUCAAGUGGUCAUAAUGAAAAUCAGUGUUUCAGUAAUGCAAAUAUCUGUGAAAAAAACAAACCUAGUGUUACUGUUGAGGCGACAGCAAUAGUCCCACUAAGUGUAAAAGAUUACUGGAAAGAAAUGCUUUUUUUUUCCUUGGUUAUUGCUAUUGGUAUUAAUAUAGUGAUGCGUGUUGUUAAGAAAAAGUUUGAAAACAGUAGUCCUUUAAAAAAUAUUGUUAUUGAAAAUAAUUCAACACCCACUGCCCCUGAUCCACAACCUCAUGGAAAUAGUGACUUUUCCUCUAGAUACAUAACAGACUUCCAACAUUUAGAAUGCCUUGGAAAAGGCGGAUUUGGUGUAGUUUUUAAAGCUAAAAAAAAAAUAGAUGAUUGUGAAUAUGCAAUCAAGCGAAUUUAUCUUCCACGGUGUGAAGAAGCCCAAGAAAAGAUGACGCGUGAAGUUAAAGCUUUGGCAGCACUUGAUCACCCUGGUAUUGUUCGUUAUUUUCAUGCUUGGUGGGAAACUCCACCCCCUGGAUGGCAGCAUGCAACAGAUCAAAAACUUUUGUUACUUAAUGAAACAGAUGUAACCAAUUCCUUUGCACUUUCUAAUGAUUGGAUUGUGGAAAUAAUGAAUGAAGAAAAAAAUUUACUAGAUAAUGACGCUGCAGAAAGAAUAAUAAAAAGCUCUCGAAAGAACGAUUGUUUACUAAAUGAUCCACUCAAUAAAAAUUGUAAAUUUGACCAAGGUACAGAACUAUCCUCUGAUGAACUAGAUUGCAGUGGGAUUUCUGAAAACAAAGUUUUUUCCACUGAUAAUUCUUCUGCAUCUUCAUGUGUUGAUGAAGAUGAAGAUGAUCCGAAUAAUACAGAAGAUAGUUUUGAUAUUGUCUUUGAGAGUGAAAAAAGUGACGCUGAAGAAAACAAUCGACAUCGACAUGUGACCCUGACCCAGGAAGAAUGUGACAAUGUAAUUGAUACCACAUGUAAAGAAACAUUUGUAAAUAUACAUCACACAAAAUUAAUUAAAUCCUCAUCAUCUAAAGAUCCUUCAGGUGAUGAGCGCUCCGUUAGGUCCAAAGAAAAAGAUAAAAAAAAAGUUGUUGGAAAAUGUUGUUCUAAAUUUUCUAAAUGUUUGACUGAGCCGCCAUUGUUUUUAUACAUACAGAUGCAAUUAUGUAGGCAGGCUACACUAAAAGACUGGUUAAGUGAAAAAUCAGGGGCUAUCACAUUGUCACAAGCAUUUGAUAUAUUUAUGCAGAUUGUAGAUGCAGUAGAAUAUUUUCAUCGACUAGGAUUGAUGCAUCGAGAUUUGAAACCUGCAAAUAUUUUCUUUUCAUUGGAUGGAUCAGUGAAAGUUGGUGAUUUUGGAUUAGUAACAGCUAUAACAAGGCCAUCAGAUGGCAUACACAAAGGUAAAUUUUAUGCAGAUGAGAAUCACACUGGGCAAGUGGGCACGCAGCUAUAUAUGAGUCCAGAACAAGUUUGCGGAAGGCCUUACAAUCAUAAAGUGGAUAUCCAUUCUCUGGGGCUCAUUUUUUUUGAACUUCUGUGUUCUUUUUCAACUCAAAUGGAACGCAUACAGACUAUAUAUCAGCUUAAAAAAAACAUAUUACCACCAGCCCUUCAGUGUACCUCUCAGGGAAAGUUAGUUCAAUUGCUUACAGCCUCCGACCAAGAACAAAGGCCCGAAGCACGUGAAAUAAAAUGUCAUCAAUAUACAAAAGACAUCGAGAAAAUUGUUAACAGCGUAAAAUGCAACACAGUUUAAUAUCUUAUGUGCACAUAUCGAACCAACGUUAAUAAGAACAAACAUUUUCGUCUCGCCAUUUGUUUUAUCAAAAAUAUAGCUAAAGCUUUUUGGGGAUAUGAUUGGUUAGUCUCCUAUUCGGAAAUUCUAAGUGAAUUUUAGAUAACGUAUUUUUAUAAACAUUCGUUUACUUAUAGAAAUUUUAUAAACUUGUAUAAGAUUUUUCUAGCGUAAGCCUUUUCCUGUAAAAUAAUGUAAAUACGAUAUAUUUAUAGAAGAUGGUGAAAAAAAAUGGAGGAUUUCAUAA